AACCUGCCCUGGAUGGAACUGCCCUGAUUGCAAAGGCUGCGAAGACGUAGCGAAGAUGAAGGCUUUGCUUUUCGCCCUGUUGGCUGCAGUCCUGUGCGCGGAGCAAGUUUACUCACUGCAGUGCUUCACUUGUAACGAUGAGCCCUCCAACUGGAAUUGUAUUAAAAUAACUAGCUGUGCAGAGAACGACAAAUACUGUCUAACAACCUACACGAAAACAGGGCUUGGUGAGAAAGCUGAGUACCGCAUCACCAAGGCAUGUUCUGCUGAGUGUCCUCAAACAAAGUGGAACCUAGGCAUAGCAGCCAUGUCUACUUCCUGCUGUCAGCAUUCCUUGUGCAACAUCAGCGGGGCCAGCAGCGUGAAAACCAGCUACACAGUGAUGGCCGUGGGGAUCCUGGCCAGUCUCAUCUAUGUCCUCAGAUCCGGGCUGUGAAGGGGCCAGGAAAAGGAGGACGUGACGUCCCAAAGAACCAGCUUGAGCUUCCCCAGUGAGACACCAAACAUCCUCUGUGCAAAGGUUUCACCCGGGUUAACACUGCCCUAUGCCCGUCAAGGCUAUGUCUACCCCAGCUCACAUAGAUGUCCUCGCGCUCUAGCUCUCACUGAGCGAGCACGCUAAAAGUACGAGUGUAGCCAUGGUAACAUGGAGCCGCAGCAAGCAGCAGCAGGGCCUAGUUGCCCCAAGUGCGCGUCCGCUGCCCGCGUUGCCGUGACUACACUUCUAUUGUUAGCAUCCUGCUCGAUGAGAGUUGGUGCUAGUACGUCUACAUGGGCUGGGAGUCAUACCACUAGCUAGACUUGGCCUCAGAGUCACUUCAGAUUCCAUCAGCAAGUCAUUCCGCUCUCCGUUUUCGCACCGUGGUUCUGUCUCUGACACAACCACACCUCCAUGCUUGGCGUUGGUGACCUGGGACGCUCAGCUGAACGGCGCUGCCUGAUGAGAAGGGCGCCAUAUCGCGCAAAGUACUAACACUGUUAGAGUUACUUGUUCCAACCUCUGCCCCAGGCCCUGUGUAAUUCUCCUGGCGCCAGUCUCCUCUCUGCCUCCCUUCACCACUGACAGCAAGAGAGCCUUCUCCUCCCCGGCUCACUCACCAGCAGCCUCCCUGUGUUUCUGAACAGACCUUUACUCCCAGGUCUGUCCCCCUUCUGCCCCGCUAACAUCAGCCCUGGUGAAUGAAAGAAGAGUUGAGUUUAUUCACCUAUAUUUUGUUCCCACCACUGAUUUCUGUCUUUUUUCCCCAUAUACCAGGCAUGGCCAAACCAUGGCUUGUCACCCACAUGCGGCUCUUUUACAGUUAAAGUGUGGCUCAGGGAGCACCCCCACCCCAUUCUCCACCUACCAGCCUGGGGUGGGGGAGCUCAGGGCUUGUGUCCUGCGGCAGAGUGGUCGGGCUACAGGCUUCUGCCCUGCUGGGAGGGGGGUCUUGGGCCUUCAGCCCCACGGGAGGUGCCUGCUGGGGCUCGGGGCUUCAGCAGGAGUGGGGCUGAAGCUCCGAGCCCCGGCAGGCACCCUGGGCUCUCGAACUUCUGAAGAUUAUCAUAUGCAGCUCAGAGGGUCAGUAAGUUUGGCCAUAUACCAGUUGCUGGCUUGUAUUGUUUCACUCUGUGAAAAGCCCUUUUCGAAACACUCUGUCGGACAGAUGCUGGACAAAAUAAAGUGUCAUUUUAUUC